AUGUUAAGGUGUCAUCUUGCUGACACUCCUAUGGAAGCUACUGCAAGGCUUAAGGAGAAAAAAGGUGAACCAGUUGACAAAGGUCGCUAUCAGCUAUUGGUUGGCAAGCUAAUCUACCUCUCUCAUAUACGGCCAAAUAUAGCUAUUACAGUUAGUCUAGUGAGCCAGUUUAUGCUUGAUCCUUAUUCCUUUCAUAUGGAGGUAGUUAUUCGCAUCCUUCGAUAUUUGAAGUCUGCUCCUGGAAAAGGAAUACUUUUAAUUCCCAAUGGCCAUCUAAAAGUUGAAGCUUACACUGAUGCUGAUUGGGCUGGCUCUACAGAUAGAAAAUCCAUCUCUGGAUAUUACUCUUUUGUGGAUGGGAAUCUUGUCACAUGA